AUGGUAGAAGAACAGAAGCCAACCGUGGCAUUCUUAGGUCCGGAGGGCAGCUAUACACAUCAAGCAGCCCUAGACGCCUUCCCCUCGUCAACAAACAAAGUUUCCCUCACACCUGAAAUCACAAUCGAAGACGUCUUCUCAGCCGUCCAAUCCGGGGCCGCAUACAGGGGCGUCGUACCCUUUGAAAAUAGCAGCAAUGGUAGCGUAGUCUUUACCCUCGACCUCUUUGCCGACCUCAACAACAAAUAUCCCGAUAUCCUCGUCUGCGGCGAAGCUUAUGUGCAUGUCAAACACUGUUUGUUGGGUUACUCAUCGAACCCCACUACCCCGGAUUACUCCAAGAUUAAAAAACUCUACUCACACCCCCAGGCCUGGGGUCAGUGUAAAAACUUCCUCACGCGUUACCUUAAGACGGCUGAACGACAUGACGUGAGUUCUACGAGCAAAGCAGCAGAAAUUGCGAGUAAAGACAAGAGUGGCGAGUCUGCUGCGUUGUCUAGUUUCAUCGCUGCGGAGCUGUUUGGCCUGAACGUGUUGGCUAAAGAGAUCAACGACGAGAAGGGGAAUAGUACAAGGUUCUUUGUCAUUCGCAAAAAGGACGACAAGACGACAUCAACCAGUCCAACUGCCAAGACGAGUUCGAACAGAAAUAAUUGGAAAUCUCUCAUCACAUUUACGAUUGAGCACUCCAACCCGGGUGCAUUGGCAAAUUGUCUCACGGUUUUCUCGUCUCAUGGAAUCAACCUGACGAGUAUAAAUACACGACCGAGUGGCGUGAGAAACUGGCAUUAUGUCUUCUUUGUGGAGUUCAAAGGGAGGAAGACGGAGGAUGGGCAAGGGGAGGUGAAUGCGGCAUUGAGGGAGUUGGAUCAGGUUUGUAGGGGGUGGAGAUGGUUGGGGAGUUGGGAGAACAGGUUGGUUGAGGAGGAAGGGGUCCAGUGA